GUCACCAGUUACAACUCUUGGUCAUCCUCUAAUCUCUCUCUAAUAUAAAACCAUUCUCUCCUCCUCUUUCAUUUCAUAUCAUUUCUCUUCUUUUAAUCCAACGAUCCACAAAUCUCGUUUUCUCUAAUGGCAUCCAACGGCGACAAACCUCUCAUCGUCAGCUUCGGCGAGAUGCUCAUCGACUUCGUCCCCACCGAGUCCGGCGUCUCGCUCGCCGAAGCUCCAGGCUUCCUCAAAGCUCCAGGCGGUGCUCCUGCUAACGUCGCUAUCGCUGUCUCUCGUCUCGGUGGACGAGCCGCCUUCGUUGGAAAACUCGGUGAUGAUGAGUUUGGUCACAUGUUGGCUGGGAUCUUGAGGAAAAACGGCGUCGUUGAUGAAGGGAUUAACUUCGACACGGGAGCAAGAACAGCGUUAGCGUUUGUGACGUUACGUGCUGAUGGAGAUAGGGAGUUUAUGUUUUAUAGGAAUCCUAGUGCUGAUAUGCUUCUUCGUCCUGAUGAACUUAACCUCGAGCUCAUCAGAUCGGCUAAAGUGUUUCACUAUGGCUCAAUAAGCUUGAUAGUUGAGCCAUGUAGGUCAGCUCACUUGAAGGCCAUGGAAGUUGCGAAAGAAGCAGGUGCUCUUCUUUCCUACGACCCAAACCUCAGGGAGCCUCUUUGGCCAUCAAAGGAAGAAGCCAAGACACAGAUCAUGAGCAUCUGGGACAAGGCUGAGAUCAUCAAGGUAAGUGACGUUGAGCUCGAGUUUCUCACUGGAAGCAACAAGAUUGAUGAUGAAACCGCAAUGUCCUUGUGGCAUCCUAACUUGAAGCUCUUGCUUGUCACUCUCGGUGAAAAGGGGUGUCGGUAUUACGCUAAGAAUUUCCGUGGAUCCGUUGACCCUUUCCAUGUGAACGCCGUGGAUACAACCGGAGCUGGAGACUCCUUUGUUGGUGCUCUCCUAAACAAGAUUGCCGAGGAUCAUUCCAUUCUCGAGAACGAAGAGAGAUUGAGAAAGGUGCUAAGAUUCGCAAACGCUUGUGGAGCAAUCACAACAACCAAGAAAGGAGCCAUUCCUGCUCUUCCUUCAGAUGCUGAAGUUCUCAGUUUUCUUGAAGGCUAAUAAUAACAAAACAAAAAAUUUCUAAGUAAUCUGUUUUUGCUUAUGUCUUUUUGUUUGAGAGAAACUAGUUGGACACUGCGCUCUGUUUUUGUUUCUCAUCCUCAAAUGUAACGAUUUAAAAUACUUAUGUUUAAAUUCAAGACAUCAUUUGCUAAUAAAAGCGAAGUUUCUUUCGAACUGCAUACAAAAUACUUAAUAGUACGUACUGUGGUUUGAAUCAUUGUGAUGCAUAUAAGCUUUUUCUAGUUCCUUUAAAAGUUUAAGCCUAGGUCCGGGACAAGGAAGAGCUCUUCAUCAUCAUCAUAAGGGAUCUCAAGCCUCGGCUUCUUGUUGGAAACAUUGGAGUUCAUGGGUCUAUUGUAGGUAUGUACAUGAGCUGGAUGUGAAACCGAAAGCUCAGGAACUUCAGCUGCUGGUAGAGCUUCUUGAUCAGGCUGGUCCCCAAAGAAACCCAUCUCUGCAAGCCAGUCUAGCUCACCAAGAUCUAGCUGCUCUUUCUGCUGAAACACAACAAACAUGUCAAAAUAUAGCUACAACAAAAUUUAGUGCCCAUAAAAUUUAG